AUGGCGGCGCCUGCGAGAGCGUCUCUCCGGAGGAAUGGCGAGCGAGCCGACACUUGGGGCCGGCACCUUCUGGGCUGGUUCGGGGGCAGGCGGUGCUCGUUCUCGCAUUCCACGGCACCUCCGCCUCCUGCUCCUCUUCUCUCCUCCUUGCCGAUCUCCUCCCCAGCUUCGGCGGAACAACGCCCACAGCUUGUAGUUCCCGGUGUGUCCCACUUUUGGGUGGGCUCCAUGGAACUCAUGGCCGUCCCAAAGAAGAAGGCAAGCUCCUCCCUCCCUCACUCCCUCACUCCCUCCCCUCCCUCCUUGUUCGCUCUCAAUGUCUCCCUCAGUUCUCUUGAUCGUUCUUUCUUUUCCUAUUCUGCGUGGACAUCCUCCGACAUUUGCAUUCCACCGUCUGGGAUCGUGUGGAAUCUCGCUGAAGAGUAAGUGGAUGUGAUUGCUGCAUCGUCACCUAGGGUUUUUGUUACUAUGCGCGUCAGUGCCGUCAGGCUAAUGAUCAUGUACCAAGAUUCCAUCUGCUGCCUUGUUUCUGUGUUUCGUUUGGUAGGAAACGUGCGAUUCUGGUGAAUGAAAUUCCCUCCUAUUUUUCUCGUGCUCGAUUUAUUUUUUUAAAGUUUUACUUGUCAUAGAUUACCGGUCUCCGUUCUUGUUCUUGGCGUUCUGUUUAUUUUGAUGCCCUUGUCUCUUCGGCCUUCAAUCUUGGCUCAUUCUUAGCUCUCGCGUGUCUUCCCUUCUCGUGAGAAGUUCUGGGGAACGGGGAAGGUGUCAGAUGAGUGGAGUGCAUCGUCAUUGUCCUGUCAGCUACAUAUUCUGGUUGCAAUGCAUCCAUUCGUGCGGCGCCUGGAUUCUAUUAAACUGUUGACGAAGAGUUUGUGUCAGGUAUUAGAGGUUUGUGUUUUAGUUUAACCUUUAGGCGACUUUUCCUGAGAUUGUAUUGCAGACCCAUCCCCCAAUGAAACUCAUCUCCUUCCAUCUUUUCCCUGUUUUUCUCGAAAUCUGGAGGAGCCCAAUACUUUGUCGAUGUUUGAUUUAUAUAUCGACGGCAUGACAAAAGAAUCACUCUCGGUCUAACUUGGAAAGAGGGUGGGUUUGACGAGUUUCGUCGUCUUCAAAUCCUUUUGUUGGCUUGUUUUGAAUCUGAACGUGGAAGUCCCCAUCUUUUCAUGCUUUAUUUAUCGUCAAGUUAAUAUAUAUAUAUAUAUAAUUUAUUUUUUUUUCUCUUAGUACACAGGUUUCACCCUAUAAAAAGGGUCUUAGAAAUGGUCCGAAGGCUCUGAAACCUGCCCCAGUGAUUGUUCGUUGCAAGUAAGUUAAUAUCCUACAUCCUUUCCUUUAGUAGAAAAUAUUUACUUCUGAGGUAACUUUCUCUGUUUUUUUAUCCAUAACAUCCUCUAAGUGGGUUGUCGUUUUAUCUUUCGCUCAACUCUUUGCUACCUAAUCUGGGUCAGCUAUAGAUUAGUCAUUUUACUAUUUCCAGGUAUCAUCCUCGAAAUGAACAGGAGAAUUUGCUCAUAUAUAUAUAUAAAUAAAGAUAAGGGUCUUGGAGUUAAAGAAAGCAAGCGAUUGUAAGACCCAGGGGGGUAUUUGGGGAUGUUCAAAUGUUGAGUGUCGGCUGCAUCUUAGAAGGCAAACACUUUUCCUGAGAAUUAACUUGUUGCUCUCGACAAAUAGCACCAGUAGAGCCCUCAAAUCCAUCAUUGCUAUGAAGGGAUUGAUGCCUUAGGGGAAGUGCAUAGCAGGAAGAGUGAGAGCAAAAGGGGGCACAGCUGACUAACCAUGGAGGGUAGAAGAGGAGGGAAGAAGGGAGUAAGAAAAACUUGCUGAGGAAAGAGACCUGGGGGAAUGGUUGACUAUGAAAACAAUCUAAUGUAAGCAGGUUGUGAUAUAGAAGAAUUACAGCUUAUGAUCAGGUAUCUGUGGUAAAUAGAAAUUCAGCUUAACAUUGGGUGGAUGUGGGGCUUCACCUUUGGUGGCUUACUUCUGCAAAUGACCUUUCUGGAUCCAUAUCUGAUUUUACAUGCGAACACACCUUCUUGACAAAAGAAAAAAAAAGAAAAAAAAAAGAAGAAAUAUUUGACUCAUGGGUGUCGCUCUUCUUUCGACCUACCUUUCUAGGUUCCGGUCUGAUUGUCGGAUCUGUGAUAUCGGUUAUCCUGUUUCGGCUCGUUUCAUUCAUUUUGACUGUGCAAGCAGGAGCUGCGGGCGUGUGAAGCUGCCACAUUUCUACUGUUGCAGCGGAGAUAAAGGUAUCGGGGGGGCGAGGAGCGAGUCAACUCAGUAG